UUCAUUCAGCAUUAAUAUUAGUUCCUCUGGAUAUUUCAUUUACUUAGCUUAGUUAUAAGUAACAAUGGGAGCUGCACCUACGGAUUGGCAGCUGGAAUGUACGGAGCUGAAACAGAGAGGUGCCUAUCUACUCCAGUCAGGACAAUGGUCUGAUUGCACUUUCUUAGUAGGCACGGAGCCCAACCAGGUAGUCCUUGUUGGUCACAAAUUGAUACUCGCUAUGGCAUCGCCAGUUUUUGAAGCUAUGUUUUAUGGCGGUAUGGCAGAACGGAAUGAGAGUAUACCUAUUGUUGAUGUCCAAAUAGAUGCAUUUAAAGCUUUAUUAGAAUACAUAUACACAGGUAACAUAAACAUCAGUUCAUUUGACAAGGCUUGUGAAUUGUGUUAUGGAGCCAAGAAAUAUAUGCUACCUCAUUUAGUCAAAGAGUGCACAAGGUACCUUUGGUCUGAUCUGUAUCCAAGAAAUGCAUGCAGGGCCUAUGAAUUUGCACGACUGUUUGAAGAAAAUGUUUUAAUGGAGAAAUGUAUUCAGAUUAUCAGCACAAAUACCAAGGAGGUAUUAAAUGACAGCAGUUUCGAAGAGGUUGAAUUAAAUACAGUAAUCACAGUCUUCUCCUUAGACCAUCUUAACGUUGACAGUGAACUGGAUCUGUUUGAAGCAGCCGUCAGGUAUGCAAAAGCUCUAGAAAAAAGGACUGAGAGAAGUGUCAGCCCACCCAGAGAAUGUGCAUCUGAGAACAGGCAAAAGAGUCCCAUUCCAUCUACUUCUCAGGAAAAGGAACAGGUAGUUAAUGUUGAUAGCAGUGCAGAGAGUAGUCCAGAGACAGUAAUGGAUACAUGUCGUGCCAAUGAUUCGGAUACCACAGCCCCUCCGAUUGAACACAACAAGAAACCAAAGACAGAACAUAAAGAGAAAGUGUCGAUUCGGAGUGCAGUAGAGAAGAUCCGCUUCCUGACACUGUCGCCGCAGCAGUUCGCGGGCGGCCCGGCGCGCUCGGCGCUGCUCAGCGAGUCGGAGGCCUUCGCUGUGCUCAUGAACAUUCUGUCCACCAGCACCGACGUGCCGCUUCCCGCCGGCUUCUCUGCGUCGCGCGUGCCUCGCAAGCAACUCAUCGGUGGAGGUCCACCCUGUAAUAUGCCGACAUUCACGGUGGACACGCCUAGCCCAGUGGCGGUGGAGCAGGUGUGGUGCGCGCCAGAGUUGUCGCGCCCGCAGCCCUGUGUCACCUACCCGCGCCCCUCCCGACAGGACGGUGUACGAGCACCCUAUUCAAUCCCCAACCCAAUGUCAGGCUUGGUGGUGAUGGAUGAGAUGCACAGCAACAACAUGCACAAGAUUUACUGUCAGCGAGCCAUAGUGCAGCACACGGACUGCCUCAAUACAAGUGCCCUGGACUGCUCUGUUACAUUCAUGGUCGAUAAAAAUAUCUAUGUGCUUGGUGUUCAGGUGCCGACGCAGGCGCCGAGCGAGGAGAGCGGCGGCGGCGCGGGCGGCGCCAGCGGCUACUCGGAGCUGCUGUACGCGCACCUGCUGGACGCCGACGGCGCGCGCCUGUCCUACACGCACUACACCAACCGCGUGCCCUACCGACACCUGCUCGACAUCAUGUUCAACCGCCGCGUCUACAUCCAGCGGAACAAGGUAUAUAAAGUGGGUAUAGUGUUCAAUAAGGUGGGAUGGUAUCCCAUGGGCACGUGCGCGCAGCAGGUCGCCGCAGAAUCCGUCUUCUUCAACUUUGGCAUCGGACACAGCAGCGACUCUGUGCGUGAUGGUCUCAUACGAUCUAUUAUAUUUACAUACUAGGCUGGAGACAGCACCGGCCCUUGUCCUUUGAUAAAGGAGCAGUGUAAAUAUUGUCUUUGGUGCCUCUUGGUUUCCACCAAUAUUG